ACAGGGGAGACUUCGAGAGAGUUUGGAGUUGACUCCCACCCGCGACACAGUGCCGAUGUGUUUCUCCAGCCCUUCCUCCUCUUCCUCUCGCUGUCCCGCACUCGCCGAGUUCCCUUCCCCUUUCCAUUCCGCCGAUUUGGUGUCUUUCUUUCGACAGUAAAAAGGACGGGAGAGUGAUUAUUUCAUUUUUCGCAGUUCAAAGUGUCUUGGAGUCUGAGACUGUCGAUUAGUGGUGACGAAGGUAAAAGUUUGUUAUUAAAGUGUCCCGGGUACCGACGGUGAUUAGCAGAGGUCUUCGAGGAUAAGUUUUUUGUUGCUCCCAAUUUGGAGUUUUCACGAAGGUGGAAAAAACGUGGUGGUGACCUUAGACGUGACUGGAACGACGGGCGUUAAUUAUUAGUUACCAUGAAGAUGAUUCUCGAGUUAUCGACGAUCCUGGUGAUCUGGUGUUUGCCAGCGUUCAGCCUAGAAACAACGCACUUGAUCUGUGCUACCUGCGAGUGCCUGUACCACACAAGCCCCUUCGAUGUUGACUGUAAAAACCAAGAACUUCAUGAGGUUCCGGACCUAACUCCGAACAACAUCACGUACCCUUGGAUUCUAAAUUUCGACAACAACCUCAUUCAAGAAGUUCCCGUCUUCCCUAGACAGGAGAGCCUGAUAAGUCUGACCCUUAGGAGGAAUCGCAUCACAAAAAUCAACGACGGUGCCUUCAAGAACUUGGUUCACCUGAAGGAGCUGUACCUACAAAAAAAUCUCCUUACGGGAGACAUGAUCACCAACAAUGUCUUCAAAGGUCUCUACAAUAAUACCGUCCAAGAACCACUGGGGCUCGAGGUUCUUGACCUGGGCUACAACAACAUCACUUCCAUCAAAAAUAAUGCCUUCGUCCACCUGCGGUUACUGAAGAAGCUGCUUUUACCUCAUAACCCAAUUAAGGAUAUCUCCUACUCAACAGCCGUGGCCAUCAACGAACUGAUAAACCUGCAGGAGCUCGACUUGUCCCAGACAGGUAUCAACAGACUUCCUGAUCAUUUCCUCGCUGAUCUCAGGAAUCUCCAGGUGUUAAUCUUGGCAGGAAAUAACUUCAAUACCGUCCCAGAGGAGCUUAAUUAUGCACACAACCUCAGGCUACUGAACCUCAAUGCCAACCCCAUCAUAAGUCUAACUCUCGGAGAUUUCCAAGAUAGUCUGAAUACCCUACGUAUCCUCGAGAUAUCUGCCAUGCCGGAGCUGCGGAAUGUGGGCGCCCGUACAUUUUCCAAGCUCAAAUCGUUGGAGAUACUCAGAAUGUCCGAUUGCCCGGCGCUCGAAGUGAUAGAUUCUCUGGCAUUUUAUGUUAUGGAUGGAGAUGAACUGACUCUUAAGGAGAUUCACAUCCAAGACAACCAGCUGAAAACCCUGUCGAAAGAUAUGCUUCCGUGGCUCGACCUCCAGGUUGUCGACAUCCAGAACAACCCCUGGAACUGCGAUUGCCAUUUCAGAUGGGUGGCGGAAACACUCGUUCCAGACCUGGAGAGAAAAAACCCUGGAUUGACCUUAUCUAUCUUGUGCACGUAUCCUGCGAUGUUCCGAGGGACGCCGGUAAUAGACAUGCUAAGCCGCGGUGACGGCUUCACCUGCAGGCGCCCAGGUGUUGAUGAAGAGCUAGCAGCCUUUGGACCCCUUUCCAUAGGCAUCAUAAUCGUUGGGGUGCUUCUUCUCCUCACUGGGAGCAUGAUUUUCGCCUACGUUCUCUUCAGGAGAUCGCAGUCGCGGCUCUUCUUCGGCGAGACGGUGAAGUACCGACGGGCCCAGAACGAGGACACGGAAGCGGUGCCGUCCUAGAACCGACGACCGACCUCCGACUUCCUUCCCCGACCCGUCACCAACAAUUGCUCCAAUCAAACGCCGUGACCCUGCCUUCAUUCAAUUGUGUAGUACAACAUUCAUAGUUGGCAUUUCGUACGGUCACCGCUGGGCAUUAUGAAAGGCUGACUAUGUCAUUUUUUUUCUUAUAUUUGCAUUUAACGAUAGAGCUCAUCAUCCGUAAGAGGUUCAUGUAUAAUAUGAGAUGCUAAACCAUCCCAUCGUCAUAGUAGUGUAGUUCAGUGUCAGGACAAGCAUUCUUAGCAUGGGGUAUUGUAUGAGAUGUUGUUCUGGUCGGUUUCUUAACAUUUCCUUAGUCAGUUCUAUUUUUGCAUAAGCUAAAGAAAAUAGCCAGAAAAUAUAUACUAUAAAAAAAAGGAAAAACCGCUGUCAAAACAGGCAAUGUGAUUGCUAUUCAUUAACAGUCAACCUCAUUUUUUGUUUCUCACUAUAAAAGCGCGAGUUCUGAGGGUGAAAGCAUUGACAAAUUUCUGUUUUCUUUAAGAAAAUGGCUGAGCUCUAAUUGGCUUUAAAGAUAGAGUUGUCAAGCAACGACAGCUAAUGAUAAUCACGAAUGAGAAGAAUCGGCGGUAACUCGCAUGAAUAUCAACAGAUAUCAUUAACCAUUCCAAGAACUCUGUGGCUGAAACACCCUGGUUGAGAAAGGCGGACAUUUUUCUAUGGAGUUAAUUAACAUGCUUUAGAGUGUUUCAUUAGAGACUAACAGUUCAGAGGCUAAAAUUAGACAUGUAACUUCUUGUUUUUUUUUCACGGGAAUAAAUCAAAUCAGCGCACGCAGAAUCAGAACUGUUCAAAUUUUGAUUACAUAUCAAAAGUGUGAAUGCGGUUUCACAUAAAGUUGAAAGUAUGUAAGCGUAGAGAACACAGGAAAUGAGUAAAAUAACAUUAACUCUGAAUGAAAGAUCAGUUCUGUUGAUCCUUGACAUGAGUUUAGAGUACGUAAAAUAUCCGCUUCUUAUGACUUCCAAGCAAAUAAAAAUGUUCCCGGAAAGGCAAAAAUAAGUGAGAAUAACAGUCACCUAGCGAGCUUGUUGUAGAAAUCUUCAAGUAAAAUAACAAAACAAAAUUCUUGGUUUGCUUAUUACUGAACCCGCGGGAUGUAUAUUAAAUUAACACGAAGCUUAUUACUGAUUUACCAAGCAGCACCUUAGGAUAACUAAUAUAUUUUGUAUGAAGACGCAUAUAAAAAAGGAUGUACUUUUAAUAUCCAGUAAUUGUAAACAGAUCGAGUUUUAAUAAGAAUAUGUCAAGUAUACAUAAGUAAAAUAUAUGAGUGGCUACGAAUUAGGCAAGGGAAUAGCAAUGUGUGUAAGGAGACAAGAGUCUACGAAACGAGAAAAAAGAACAUAGACAGGGAUAGACAAAUACGUCAUAAGGAUAAGAAUGAACGUUAGGGGAUGGAUUACACUUAGUAUAAGAAUAAAAUGUAUGUCUCAUGAGAUAAAGAAUUACUUAGGAAGAUAAAAGCCAUGUCAAUGUUUAUAGAUAUGUCUAUGGCGUUAAGGUCUUCAAGAAUGAAAGGACACCAAAGGUGAUACGAAAAUGCAGGUGAAGUUAGGAACAUGAGAGAAGUGAUGAGACUUGAUCAGAGAGGAUAAGGAAUUGGUAGGAGGGGAUGAGAACGCGCCAGAAGGUACACAACAAUAGGCCCAGGGUAGUUGAAAAUAUGCAACGGGAAAACUCAUCGACGACAUGCUACUCCAAGUCUGAUAAGGUGCGAUCAUUCGUGAUAAAUGGCGAAAGGAAAGCGUCUCUGACAUGAAAGGAUUGUCAGAACACACUUAACGCUCUUCUGCUCUUCCCUUUAGUGUGCCAUAUUCAGAUAACAGGAUACUGUCACGCGGUAGAAUUAAGUCUAGUUUUGUGUCUUUUUUAACAAGUGGUUGCCACGAGAGUAUUAGCUGUAUGAGCUUAGAUUAUGACGUGUGAAAAGACUAUUUUCAUUUGAUAGGGUUUAAUUCUUGGUAAUUUACGUUCACUUGUUGAUGGCACGAGUUUUCUCGAGCAUUAAUUAGGAAAUCUCCCUUAAUUAAUUCCGUGAAUAAUUGCGCUCUCUAGAGAAAAAUUUACACGGGACUUGAAAGACAACAACAAGCAGUAAUUGGCAGAGGAUAAAUAGACGAGUUUUGUGAUGAUCGUCAUCUAAUGGGAUUCACAAAAUAUUUGAGGCUUGAUGCCACUGAUAAGCAGAAUGUAAAUUGCCAUUCAUGUGUGCUUUUAUAUCAAAGAAUGAUUUAUGAUAUAUUUAGAAUAUUGUUAUGAUCAUGACAGGAAACUUUGAUUCUGUGAAUCGCUGUUGUAUAUCUUUAUAAUGCAGAUGGAAAUCAAAGAUGUUAAUCAAAUAAAACAAAUAUAUUUAA